AUGGUCGUUUCUAAUCAGAAAUCAAACUUUUUUGACGAUAAUUUUCUAAAGUUGUCACAUAUAGGGAGGGGUGGGUUCGGAGAGGUAUAUCACGUGAGACAUAUGAUUGAAGGAGAAGAGUACGCGGUUAAGAUUGUUAAGUUUCUUGACAUUUAUAGCGAUCACAAAAGACAGGAAAUAUUAAAAGAAGUGCAAAAUUUAGUUAAAUUGCGUUCAGAUUUUGUGGUGAAUUACCGCAACUCAUGGCGUGAAGACAAUCAUCUGUUCAUUCAAAUGGAUUAUUAUAAACAAAAUCUACAGACAAUUAUCGAUAAUAAGCACAUUGUGUUUGGGAGACAAUCGGGAGAACCGAUGAAAAUAUUUGAAUAUUUUAUUUCGUGUGAAAUAAUUAAAGAACUCUUAGAAAGUGUAAAAUAUUUACACGAAUUGUGUCCACCGGUUAUUCAUAGAGAUCUCAAACCGGCAAAUGUGUUGAUCUCACAAAAUACCACUCGGUUUAUAAAGCUUUGUGACUUAGGAUUGGCUACAAGUCAUGACAUGACAUCCAUGAGCCACACCUCUAAUGUCGGAACCGCACAAUAUAUGGCACCCGAGAUAUUUCAACCCCGAUAUACAAUCAAAGUAGACAUCUAUAGUUUAGCAUUUGAGAUUUUGCCCCGAAAUGAGGGAACGGAAGGGAAAGGGAGUGUCGGAGAGAAAGGAAACAAAUCUCAAUAUAGACACAAACGAGAAGAGAGAAACCAAAGCAAUGUUUCAAUUGGUGUUACUUUAGGUCAUAAAUCACGUGAUAUUGAAAGCGAUAGAACGGAUCAAUUGUCGACACGAGUGAUGAGUAGUUCGGCCGCCGGUGGAGACAAACCGACCGUUUCUAUAGGAAAUGCCAGUAAAUUGAGGGCAAAAUUUGAAAGUAUGGCCCAAAACGAGGAAAUGGUUGUUAAACGCAAAGCUGAAGAGGAGAGGGACAGACGGCUGGAGCGCGAGAAACACGAGAUGAAGGCUACGACUGCGGCCGAGAAAGAGAGGCAACAAAAGAUAAUGACUUUUCAAAAGGGACAACAAGUGGUGACUAAAGCGGCGGUUAAUCCCGAGUCCGACGCAGAGACACAACGACCGGAUUUAUGGAAAACUGCGGCGACGAGUGAUAAUAGCGGUUCGCCGACAGGACUGACCGCUACGGCUCUGUAUGCUUACAAAGCGGCCGAUUUAGAUGAGAUUAGUUUCAAUCCCGAAGAGUUGAUCACUGAUAUAGAGAUGAUCGACGAGGGCUGGUGUCGGGGCCGGUGUGGCGGCGAAGUGGGACUCUUUCCCAUCAAUUGUGUACAAAUGAAUCAAAUGUCUGAAUCAGAAAUCACUGACAAAAACAAUGAUAUAGAGAUUGCAUCGAUUGGUGGCAAUAGUAUAGCAAUUGACCCCAAAUAUAAGUCUAUCGAUAAUAAAGUAAACAUUAAUUGUAUGAAACUAUUUCACGUUUUCGAUGACAAAAAUGGGUUUAAUGUAUUGUUUGUGACAAACGAUGAUAUGGUUUACGGCAUGGGAUCUAAUAAAUGGGGUUCACUUGGUUUGGGACACAAUAGGGAUAUUAAUACACCACAUGUUAUCCAAGAAUUAUGUCAACAAAAUGUACAAAAAUUUAUUUGCGGUUAUGAUUUUGUUUUAUCCAUUAAUAAAAACAACUGUAUACACGGUUGGGGGCGUAAUAGUAUGGCACAAUUAGCCCGAUCACCGAUUGAAAAUUACUUGAAACCAGUCGUCAUUUCAUUGCCUAAUAAUCCUGUUAUCUGUGAUAUUAAUUGUGGUUAUUAUCACACACUUGUGGUCACCGGUGAUGAGUGUGUCUACGGAUGUGGGGAUAAUAGUGAAGGGCAGAUGGGUUGUGGGGAACAGCACUCGAAUACAAUGGGAUUGAAUAUAAAAUACGUGGCGUUUAUUGUUCUCCGUUAUCAUCGUUUGCCGUCACAACUGAUGGCCGAGUCUUCAGUUGGGGUCGAAAUUCCUGCCAUUUGGGACACAAUAUAA